AUGGACUCAAAAAUCCAUGACGUCCUAAUAAUUGGCGCCGGUCCCUGCGGUCUCGUGGUGGCCGCUCGUCUUUGCGAACACACCCCCUCCGCCGUCUUCACCGACGAAGAGCACCAGCGCUACCACUGGAUCCUCAAACACGGCCACCAAACUAGCAUCAAGUCCAAGAAGACCGGCACCGUCUAUCCACCCCGGCAAUCACCCGCCGGGCGUAGUUACUCGGCUCUCGUCCUCGACAGCACGCGCGACGAGUGGAUGACGCGGGGAAAUAGGCUUUUCAAGACGUUCGAGAUCGAGCAUCUACGCAGCCCGAUGUUUUUCUAUGUUGAUCCCGGGGAUCGAGAUGGGUUACUGGCGAAUGCGCAUGAGGAGGGGAGGGAGGGGGAGCUGAGUGAGAUAAGGGAGUGUGUUGGGAAGGAGGUUAGUAAGCAUUUGAGGAAGAAGCGGAUGAAGUUCGAACGCCGGGGUGAGCUGCAUCUUUGGUCGAGGGCUGAAGUAGUGAUUGAUGAACGUGAUCGGAACGAUUACUUCACUCCUUCGCGAGGGUUGUUUGCGGAGCAUUGCCGAUGCGUUAUUGAUCGGUAUGGUCUUCGCGAGGGCCUUGUUCGUCAGGAAAGUGUCCAGGAUGUUGGAUUCCGGGAAGUAGAAAAUGUGGCUGGAGAAAGCGAACGAAUUUUUACUCUGGAGACUAAUAAAGGCAUUCACUACGCACGAUCAGUUGUCCUAGCCGUAGGACCCGGAAAUGCUCCAGCAAUACCUGGAUUGAGUGCCUCAGAAAGGACAGAUGGUGCAUGCCAAAGCAUGCAAAUCCAGAGAUUCCCCGGCCCAUCCGUCCAGUCCAAGAUCAAGGCCAAACGGGUGACCAACGUAAUGGUCAUCGGAGGCGGUGUGACUUCCGCUCAGCUCGUCGAUCUCGCUGUUCGUCGAGGCGUUACGAAAGUGUGGCAUGUGAUGCGUGGUCCACUGAAAGUCAAACCGUUCGACGUCGACUUGGUAUGGAUGGGGAAAUUCCGGAACAUCGAACAAGCCUACUUUUGGUACGCCAACAGCGACAACGAACGCCUCGCCCAUUUAGCUACCGCCCGCAAUGGAGGCAGUGUAACUCCCCGCGCGCUCAAAGCCAUGAAAGCCCACAUCGCUGCCCACCGGGCAUCUCUCUAUUCUUUCACAACCAUACAAUCCAAGACAUGGAAUCCAGAAAGCCAUACCUGGACGGUUACCACUUCCCCGCAGAUCCCCGAUCUGCCGCCUUUUGAUUAUAUCUACUUCGCGACAGGUAUCGCGACAGAUAUUAGUACGCUACCCUUUUUGGGGAUUUUGCAUAGGGAGUUCCUCAUCAAGACGAAAGAUGACGUACCCCUAUUAGGAAGGCUGGCAGGGUUGAGAUUAGGGCCGGGUGCUGGGAAUUUGGCAGGUGCACGGGUAGGUGCUGAGAGGGUAGUUUGGGGGAUCGAGGACGUGCUUGGUAAGAGUACGAAUGGCGUGAAAUAUGGAAAGUGGGACUGGCAAUUUGAUUAUGCUAGUGGGAGAGGGAACAGGUUUGACAGUUUGACAGGGGAGGAUUGCAGGGAGAGUAAAGAGUGA